CAUUCAUUUAUUUUUAAAUCAAGGGUUCAUUCAUCGCGAAUCUCUUUCAUCAGUUUUACAAAUCCCCUUACACGCACACAAUACACACGCGCGCACGUACACACACACACACGCACACACACACUUCCUGUCUCCGGUGGCCCUUCUUUGAAAGUGUCUCCCUCUCUCCUUCCGUUCGACGUGCAAUUUCUAGGGUCUCCUUCGAAAGCGGUAGUCAUUUUGGCAAGCCGAUUCCUUUUCGGCGGGGCAAACUUCGUGCUCCGAGUUUUAAUACGCUGGUCGGAAAGAUGCAUCAAGAGGUGCCCCCAACCACCUGAGGCAGAUGGAGAUAAGGAUCAGCGGACAGUGACCAUCAAUUCUUGUCAUAUGGGAAAGGCAUUCAAAGUCAUGAAUGAAUUAAGGAGCAAGCGGCUUCUUUGCGACGUGGUAAUUGUUGCUGAAGACAUUGAAAUCGAAGCCCACCGUAUUGUCCUAGCAGCUUGCAGCCCAUAUUUCUGUGCAAUGUUUACAGGAGACAUGACGGAAAGCAAAGCAAAGAAGAUAGAGAUCAAAGACGUUGAUGGACUAACUUUAAGCAAACUAAUAGAUUAUAUCUACACAGCGGAGGUAGAAGUCACAGAGGAGAAUGUCCAGGUUUUACUGCCAGCUGCCAGCUUGUUACAGCUAAUGGAUGUUCGACAGAACUGUUGUGACUUUCUUCAAUCUCAGCUCCACCCCACAAAUUGCCUUGGAAUUCGCGCCUUUGCAGAUGUGCACACCUGCACAGAAUUAUUGCAACAGGCCAAUGCCUAUGCAGAGCAGCAUUUUCCUGAAGUGAUGCUUGGUGAAGAAUUUCUUAGCCUAAACUUGGACCAGGUUUGCAGCUUGAUAUCAAGUGACAAGCUCACAGUGUCAUCAGAAGAAAAGGUCUUCGAAGCUGUCAUUUCGUGGAUAAAUUAUGACAAAGAAUCUCGCUUGGAACACAUGGCAAAACUGAUGGAGCAUGUUCGCCUUCCUCUCUUGCCCAGAGACUAUCUUGUACAGACAGUUGAAGAAGAAGCUUUAAUCAAGAAUAAUAAUACAUGUAAAGACUUCCUCAUUGAAGCCAUGAAAUAUCACUUACUUCCUCUGGAUCAGAGACAGCUGAUAAAAAAUCCUAGAACCAAACCAAGGACGCCAAUCAGUCUGCCAAAGAUAAUGAUUGUGGUGGGUGGGCAGGCACCAAAAGCCAUUCGAAGUGUAGAGUGUUACGACUUUGAGGAGGAGCGAUGGGAUCAGAUUGCUGAGCUUCCUUCUCGGAGAUGCAGAGCAGGGGUGGUAUUCAUGACAGGCAAAGUCUAUGCAGUGGGAGGUUUCAACGGCUCUUUGCGGGUUCGGACGGUUGACGUGUAUGAUGCAGUGAAAGAUCAAUGGACAUCUAUAGCCAGCAUGCAAGAAAGACGAAGCACUUUAGGAGCUGCUGUGCUCAAUGAGCUCCUGUAUGCUGUUGGUGGAUUUGAUGGAAGUACUGGUCUGGCAUCUGUGGAGGCUUAUAAUUAUAAGGUCAAUGAAUGGUUUUUUGUGGCGCCUAUGAACACAAGAAGAAGCAGUGUGGGAGUUGGAGUCGUAGAGGGUAAACUGUAUGCUGUUGGUGGAUAUGAUGGAGCAUCACGCCAGUGCCUUAGUACCGUGGAGCAGUAUAAUCCAUCUACAAAUGAAUGGUCUUACGUUUCUGAUAUGAGUACUCGGCGCAGUGGUGCAGGGGUUGGUGUUCUUAGUGGCCAGCUAUUUGCGACUGGAGGGCAUGAUGGUCCUUUGGUGAGGAAAAGCGUGGAAGUGUAUGACCCUGGAACAAAUACAUGGAAACAUGUAGCAGAUAUGAAUAUGUGCAGAAGAAAUGCAGGUGUGUGUUCAGUGAAUGGACUUCUUUAUGUAGUUGGGGGAGAUGAUGGCUCUUGCAAUUUGGCCUCUGUAGAAUACUAUAAUCCUGUCACUGACAAAUGGACACUAUUACCAAGCAACAUGAGCACUGGAAGAAGUUAUGCAGGUGUAGCUGUGAUCCAUAAACCAUUGUGACACCCAUUUGUGUGAAUGCAACACAAGAAAUGAUGACUGUCUAGUUGUGUUUUGGAAGACACUGGGGAUUUUUAAUUGCCAUACUAACGCUGCACUUCUAGCCUGACAACCAUAUUUAAUAAGAGCAUCCCUUUCUUCUCAACAUGCCACUGCUGGGAACAAAUUCCAGAAAUAAGGUGUUGCUUAUUUUGUGGGUGUUCUGUUCUGUUUUUGUGUGAGCUGUUUUAUGUACAGCCAGGAUUGAGCUUGAAGUGAAUUUCUCAAGAAAGGGGAAAUGUUUCUCUACAGCUUGUGACUGGGAGAAACUUUUUUAAAAGAAUUCUUUACUACUGACAGUGAAUUAAGUAUUAGACAUAAUUUUUUACUUGGUUAUAAACACUUAAUUACACCCACAGAAACUAGAAAUUUCAAAAUACCCAUAAAAACUGUCUGGGAAGCCGUCCAGAAGUUUAUUUGCUGUAUUGUAUCCAGUCUGUGUACAUAUCCUAUUUGACUACUGUAAAUGUAUAAUUUUGGGUGCUGGAAGUAUCCACUGUAUGAUUUUUCUCUAGUGGCAAAAAUCCAGAUUCAUCAAAUUGACUAGAUGAGCCAAGUAGUGUGUUUUUCUGAACUUCAAAUGCCCAAACACCAGAAAGACCGUUGAAAUGCAGUAUUCUACUGCUUUUGAACAGACUUUUUUUUUCUCAAGGUUGACUUUGGUGGAGUGGAGUGAUGGGGCAAUGUAAUAUAUUUGUUGGCAACAAUUGAAAAACUAAUCAGAAAAAGCAAGCUGAACCUGCAGUCUGUUUUUGGUGCUGUGAUAUUGUGUCAUCUUCAACAGUGUAGAACAGGCCUGUCAAACUGGCAGCCCGCGGGCCGGAUGUGUCAUGUGCAGGCCACGCCCACCCAGGCUCUUCAAAGGCAAAUGAUAUUGAAAUAUGUCGCGAUACAGCACGUGACACAAUCAAGGUUGACACCCUUGGUGUAGAAUGAUGGAAACAUGCCACAAAGUUCCACAUUGCAACUUUUAUGAUGAUUUGGGGAUUUCAGAUGGGACCAUAAGCCACUUCAGGAACAGAAGCAGUAUUGUGCCAGGAUGAUAAGGUACUGCCAAGUACAAGGGCUGAGGGAAUUUGGGAUGAGGGAAUUUUCUGUGGAAAUGCAUCUUCAGAAGUCCAAAGGGGAUAUCAAGAAGACUGUAACUAUCAUCUAGGAAAUCCCAGCUAAGCUUUGAUUAGAAGGAACUGGAUUCCUGCAUAUACCUCUCAUGCAUUUGACCCUACAUCAUCAGUUGCCCAAGAUAUUUAGAACUUCUAAGUGUCUUUCACUUCAUCAUUGUUUAACUCUUCUAGCUGGAGCUAUCCUCCUAAAUGUUAUCCAUAUGUUUGCGAUUCUAUGUAUAAAAAAGGCAUUUGAAUUAAUUUAUUCUAAGAAAAGGAAAGGUAAGUGACUUCUCAGAAUAGAGAAAAUUUCCAGCUAUACAACUUGAUCUGUAUCCAAUUCCAUUCUAGCUAUUGUUUUUAAAAAAAUCAAACUACCACCACAUGGAAAAUAAUUCUGUUGCUCAAAAUAUAUUAUUUACUUCCAUUUUUUUUCCAGUCAGGUAACAUUCCCCAAAGCACCUAUUUCCCUAUUCUUCGCUAUCUUUUUCUUGAAUACUUUUUCUGUUUUAUUUUGAUUUAAGAAAAGCAUUUAACUCAUUUGUCUUGCUUUCAGUUUUUCUGUCACUUAAAGCAACUGUGAAACAUUAGUGAAGCAGAAAAUGCAAUUGAACAUAAUUUUCAGUAAGUGUUUCUAAAGGCAAGACUGGAUUAUUUUUUUUAUAAGUGGUUUCUUUUUAAAAACAAACUCUUUACAUCUUAAUAAUUCUUUUUUGUGUAUUGGCAGAGAAAGUAUAGUACCAAAGGGUAAGAAUGCACAUAGAACAAUCCUAGCUGCUAUUUAAAACUCUUUCAGCAGUAAACUGAUUAUUGUCUGUUUAACACAUACUUUAAGGUAAAAUAUACGGCAUUUUCUUCAUUUGUCUUUCUCCCUUUUUAUUAAGGUUGCCUGUCACUAAGGAAUUGCUUUCCCAAAGCUGGGAACAAUAAACACAUUGCAUCAAUUGCAUUUUCUAUACUGAGUUUGAGGGUGAAUGAAAUACAGCUUCCUUUUCUCCACAUAGAAGUUCCAUCCAGAGUAAUUGAAUAUGGACCUCCUGUGGCAAAUCUCUAGUCCUUCUGGGGAAGAUUUGAGAAUGCCGUGGAGAUUUUGCAGGGCUUAGCCAGACCUGGUUUGGAUGUUUAUUGCUGAGCAAUAAAUGACUUGAGUUGACAUAGUUUGUUUAGCUAAAAGCAAACAAGUCUCAUUCUGCGAAAGUUAAAUGUGAACUAGGGCUUUGCAUGUGAUGGUAGUAGAUAACAUUCAGUGCUUU